ACUCUAGUAACGAAAAGCAAAAACCCUAAACCCUGAAGAGAAAGAAGGCGUUUGCUAUGAAAGGAGCUUUUUUGAGAAAUCUCUCCCUCUACUCUCGCUAUCUGCUUUACUCUCCUCCAAAAUCCAGAGCAAAUCCGAACACAUCCUUUGCUCUAUUUGUCUCUUGCCUUCGUUCUAGAUUCAUAUUUUACUCGUCCGAGUCCGACUUGUCCGGUGAGGCAAAAUUACCACCGACCCAGAAGUCAAAUAGUUCCGUCAAGGAUGGUGAUGACGUCAGCAACCAAGAGCUAAAGAAGCAAAUAGAGAAGUACUAUGAAGGGGAUGAUGAGGCAAUUCCAUCAAUAUUUGAAGCAAUACUGAAAAGGAAAUUGUCAGGGAUUAACGAUGAUAAGUUGAUGCAAGAGCUUGGGCUUAAACCUCGAAAUGAAGAUGUUACAGAUGGAGAUUCUGAUUCUGAUUCUGAUUCAGAUUUUGAUGAUGAGGAAGAGAAAGAUAACCCUAGAAAACAAAUCACAACGAUGAGAAGAUCUGUGCUGCGAAAUGCUACUCUUUACACUCGAAGUUUCCUUCAAACCUCUUCCAAUGUCAGCCCCAGAAUUACAAAUCACUCACUCGCCCAGCUCCCCACUUCUACUCGUUCCGCACUCAGACUGUACUCGUCUGAGUCCGACUCGUCCAUUGAAAACCCCAAAUUAUCAGCUGAAUCAGCGCUGCUAGAUCAACUCAAAAAGAAGGAAGACUCCGUCGAGGUUAAAGAUGUGAGCAACAAAGAGCUGAAAGAGCUAAUGGAUAAGUACUUCAAGGGUGAUGAAGAGGUGCUUCCUUCAAUUAUGGAAGCAAUUUUACAGAGGAGGUUGACUGGUAAGCAUGUGGACACUGACGAUGAAUUGAUCGAGGAACUCAAUAUGAAGCCAUUGGAUGAUGUGGAGGACCAAGAGUUUGAAUCGGAUUUCGAGGAGCUGUAUCAGACUGAUGAAGACAUUGAUGAUUUGUAUAAUGCCAAGGAAUACGUCAUGAAGAAAAUGGUGAAGGAUCAAUACUUCAACAUGGAUGACAAAAAAUGGGAUGAGAUGAUUAAAGAGGCGGUGGAACAAGGGUUUUUAAAGGACACAAAGGAAUGUGAGGAGAUUCUGGAGGAUAUGCUCAGCUGGGAUAAGUUACUUCCAGAUGACAUGAAGCAAAAGGUGGAAAAGAGGUUCAAUGAGCUGGGAGAUAUGUGUGAAAGAGGAGAGCUUGAACCUGAAGAAGCCUAUGAGCUAUUCAAGAAAUUUGAGGAUGAGAUGGUCAUGGAAUAUGGAAAGAAAAUGGAAGCGGAGGGCCCUCCAAAAUUUGAUGAGAGUGCUGUUCCAGACAAGAAAAAGGACUUGGAUGACCCACCUGGUGAGGGGCCGAUUCUUAGGUGGCAAACACGUGUAGUCCUUGCUCCAGGUGGUGAUGCAUGGCAUCCCAAGAACAGAAAAGUGAAAAUGGCUGUUACUGUCAAAGAGCUGGGUCUUUCAAAGCAUCAAUUUAGACGGUUGAGGGAAUUGGUUGGAAAACGGUACCAUCCUGGGAGGGAUGAACUUACAAUCACGAGUGAGAGGUUUGAACAUCGAGAAGAAAAUAGAAAAGAUUGCCUUAGGACCCUCUUUUCACUCAUUGAGGAAGCUGGGAAAGCAAACAAGUUGGCAGAGGAUGCUCGAGCCUCAUACGUCAAGGGACGACUUAGAGCGAAUCCAGCUUUCAUGGAGAGGUUGCAUGCCAAGAUAACAAAGCAAAAAGCUGAAGCCAUCUCUGCGUGAUAAUAAAGUUGCUGCCCCUCGUGGAAGAAGGAAAGUUGCAGGAAGUUUUCCUGAUAACCAUCUGUUUUGUUGUUAGUGCCUUUCUGGAGAUAAAUUAUAUGACUGUAUUGUUCCUUACCACAAAUUUAGGGCCAAAACAAGUUACAUUAUUUUGCAUGCUGUUGAAGUAGUCAAUUACUUGUCACUAACAGAUGCCCUUCUUGCUGAGAAAAAAUACCUUGUUGAUCCCCUCUUUUUUACAUUUUUCUUUUCUUUUAGAUUAAUUGUCUAUUUUAUGCUAUGUAUAGAUCUUCAUUUAUAUUAUUAUGAUGCUAUAUGCAACUCGGUCUUGUACUUUUGGGUACC